GUGUGCUCUUGUGAAUUUUAGUAGUUUUUUAUUAAAUAUUUAUAAUUUUGGCAAUAUGUCUCGGAGACCCUCAAGAGACGAAUCUGACCAAGACCUAAGAUGGUUUCAUGGAAAAAUCAGUAGACAAGAGGCAGAAUCUUUACUAACUAAUGAUGAUGACACUGAAGGUCUUUUUUUGGUAAGAGAGAGCCCAACAGUUGAUGGAGCUUUCAUAUUGAGUGUUCGUCACCAAGGAGAACCAAGGCACUACCAAAUUAAUAGGCAUGGUUCAGAUGCAUUUUUCUCAAUUGAGGAUGGGUAUAUUGUCCAUGGCCUUGAUACAUUAAUAUCCCUAUGUCAAAAAGAAGGCUCUUCUAUUUUUGGGCCAUUAAACCGACCUUGUAAGAAAGACCUGCCACCUGUUGAUACAAGGUGUCAUGGCAGAUGCAAUCUGUUACAUCGAGCUACAAAAGAAGGCAACCUAACUGUAGUAUCAGAAUUGCUCCGAGGAGGCACCUACAGGAGUAUUGAUGCCAAGAAUGAAAUUGGUCAGACAGCAAUUCAUUUAGCUGCCUAUUUGGGCAAUAACAUAGUUCUCAAACUACUCAUUCAAGGAGGAGGAAAUGUUAAUGUCAAAGAUGAUGCUGACCUCACACCACUUCAUUAUGCCUGCAUACAUAACCAUCCUGAAUGUGUCAAGACUUUGCUGGAGUUCAAAGCCAGCCCCCAAAUCCGACACCGUGUCACAGGAAUGGUGCCACUGCACGAAGCUGCUAGUCGUGGGCAUCUCGAUUGCGUAAAAAUUAUGAUGGCAAUGUCGGUAACUCCGUUGUCACGCACCAAAGAAGAUCAAACACCUGCUGAUUUAGCCAGAAGAAAUGGUUUCUACCAAUGCGCGCGACGCUUAGAGUCCUACAAACCUCCUCUCCCGUUCACAAGAAAAGAGGACUGGUAUCAUGGACCCAUAUCACGACAAGAAACAGAGCGUCGUUUAAGAGAAGGCAGUACUAAGUACAACGAAGACAACUUUUUUUUAAUUCGAAGAAGUGCAAGCAAGCCCGGAUUUUAUGCUCUUUCCGUUCUUUACUCUGGUCGUGUCUUUCAUUUUGAAAUUUGCAAAAGAGGACAGUAUUACUAUGUUGAUUAUGGUCCUUACCUGGAAUCUCUCGAACAUGUCGUCGGUCACUACAUGAAUCAUGCCGACGGUCUGCCCGCCGAGCUACAACGGCCCAUCAAACCACCCUAUCCUGUGGUGGAUGACAAUAUUGCGUUCAGAACAGUUUCAAGGCAAACUCUCAGUCCACCGCCCUUACCGAAUCGGAAUCUUAGACGCUCUCCAUCACCGAAUGAGUCCAUCAAUAGUUCCCCAUCUAAAGAUAUCACCAAACGCGUUGGAAUCGUUACGAAAGAAGAGUUGGAAUUGUAUGACACACUUGGCGAGGGAGAGUUCGGCUUUGUUUACAGGGGAUCGUUACGCCAGUCGAAUGGAAAUUCGAUCCCAGUUGCAAUUAAAACUCUACGUGAUGACCAAAUUGAAUCGAACAGAGAAGAAUUUCUCCGCGAAGCACGGGUCAUGAUGGAAUUGCGGAAUCCCAAUAUUGUCCGUCUUAUUGCCCUUUGUAAAGGCCCUCCAUUAAUGAUGGUUCAGGAGCUGGUAGCGUUAGGUUCCUUAUUGGAUUAUCUUCUUGAUCACCCUCAUACCAUAAGUCCCCGGUUCGAGUUUGCUCUGUGGGCUGGACAGAUCGCUGAUGGGAUGCUCUACCUUGAACAGCGAAAGUUUGUGCAUCGUGAUUUAGCGGCAAGGAACAUUCUUUUGGCUACACGAUACCAAGCCAAGAUAAGUGAUUUCGGUUUGUCAAGAGUCUUAGGUGCUGGGGAAAGUUUCUAUUCGGCUUCGAAAGGUGGCCGAUGGCCCGUUAAAUGGUACGCUCCAGAAUCCAUUAGUUGUGGCAUGUUUUCCCAUGCAAGCGACGUUUGGAGUUACGGUGUCACUCUCUGGGAAACCUACAGUUUCGGUCAGCAGCCAUAUGGCGAUAUGUCCGGCGCAGAGGCUACAGAAGUAGUUGCGCAAGGUGCACGUUUACCACAACCUACUCGCUGCCCUGAAGACAUUUACUCAUUAAUGCUUCGUUGCUGGUCGGAAAACCCGGCUAAUCGUCCAACAUUCGCAAUGCUAGUGCAGCACUUUGCCUCUAAUGCCGAGUAUGACAACGUGAAAAACCUGCUUCAGACCGUAUCGACCGAACAAACUAUUGACGGUCUCAUUGACCAUUCUGGCAAUAUGUUGGUUUCAGAUGUUUAACUAGAUUUUUUUUUGCUGCUGGCAGCACAAACAAGCCACAUGGCAUGAUGGGAUCACUAAAUGAAAAUGUUCCUUUGAUUCUGUUUGUAUUGAAGGUAAUUUUGAAUCUUCUUGGUGCUUGUUUUAAUCGUUCCUCUAUUUCUAUUACGAGGCAUGGAAUGUCGUAAUUCUUUAGCGUGGUACAAGAACACAAUGUACAAAUUCAUCUUCUUUUAUAAGCAUAUGUGAUUUUUUAAAACGGAUCAACCAAAAUUGCUCAUGCAUGUAACCAUGGAAAUUACACGAAGUUAGCGUGUAAGCUAUACAACAAGGAA